CCUAGUGGUGUUGUGCUUUUACAGUCCAUGUCUUUGAACCAUCUUGGUAUGAUGCAUGGUAAAAGGAGGUGGGUUAGCUUAUCAUUCACUCAUGGCAACACAUUUAUAAUGCGAUGCAUAUUUUUGUUGUAUGUUCCCAUAAUUGGUAAUGUGCUUGCAUGCUGAUGCGUCUCUAGUAGUCUAUUGUUCAGUUUGUCGUAAACCCCUGAAGAUCUUCAACAUAUCUAGUUGUACAAUAUUAAAGUUCACAACUCGACAUGUGAACAGAGUAGAAAUGGGGCAUUGACAGCAGGGAACUACCGACACGUUCCUAGGAUUUGUUGAGCAGUGAUCUAAAUCAAACUUCACUCAUGUGAUGGUUCAACAAAGACGUAACUAUUAUAGACUUGGUAUUUUGUAAAUAGAACCGAAUCAAGUGCAUGCUUGUGCAGUUAUUUAAGGUGAAUCACUAACAUAAGACUGCUGUCAUUAAGAUGUUGCCCUCCUCGUACUCUUAGCCUUGUAUGCCCUAGGUGUUAUGUGCAAAUGGAGACAAUGAGUGGCAGUGAAUACUGUAUUGGGGGAGGUUUAUCUAGUGACACACCUCCAAAUGGGAACUAAGGAAACAACAAAAAACAUUGACUUUAUCAAAAAAAACAAGAAACAAAAAACAUUGACCACAUGUUCAAUGAUGGAACUUCGAAAUUUCCCUUGAAAACAAUCGCAUCCUUCGGAGAAGUUUGGUAACUUGUGAAGUACUAAACCAGAUUAUAGAUAACACUCUACUACUUAUAAAAGAGACUCGUGGUUGGUAAAGCCAAGUUAAUGGGGGAUAGUCCCAUAGAGAUGGGGAGGGCUCAUUGCUAUGAGAAGGAUACUUUGAAUAAAGGUCAGUGGAGCCCCGAAGAAGAUCAGAAGUUGAUGGCUUAUAUCAAGAGAUACGGCAUCUGGAACUGGAGACAGAUGCCAAAGCCAGCUGGUCUGUCAAGGUCUGGGAAGAGUUGUAGACUUCGGUGGAUGAAUUAUCUGAGGCCGGAUAUCAAGCGUGGGAACUUCACAAGAGAAGAAGAAGAAACCAUAUGCAGAAUGCAAGAAAUGCUGGGAAAUAAAUGGUCUGCAAUGGCAGCAGCACUACCAGGAAGAACCGACAACGAAAUAAAAAAUCACUGGCAUGGCCACCUCAAGAAACGUUCGCGGACUCAAUCAUCUGCGUCCAGUGCUGGAUCAAAGCAAAGAAAUUUACCCAUAUCGAACCUCUUGCUUCCAAAUAAUGCUCCAGAAUCUUCCACGUCAGAUGGAGAAUCAGCACCAGCUGGUGCUGGUCUUGAUUUUGGGCAUACAGAAAAUCAAAACACGGAGGAAGAUCAUGGAUCAGAAACAUUUGAAGAAGCCCCAAGUUUGUGGGAGCAGCUGUUGUCGGCGGAGAACUUGUACGUGGAGAAUCAAGAUUUCCAAUUAGAGAUGUUUGUUGAUCCUGGAUUCACAGUUCCACAGCAUGAACUCUGGUGGCCAGACGGCCAACUAACGAGUCCAUGUGGUUUUAACAAUGAUCUCUGGUUGGAGCCAGAGCCUGGUGUCCCUUUUUGACUGAUCUUUGGUUGGAGUAGGAUAGCCCGAGGCCAUUUUUAACUUACAGUCUAGAAAUGAUCUUGUGAUGCUUAACUGUUCAAGUGUUGAGAAUCAGAGCUGCUAUCUUCUUAAGGUACUUGCGAUUGGGCAUGAAUAAAGUUGCAUGCACCUAUAUGGAUGUGUUGUGGGGAAUUCUACCAUGUCCCCCUUUACUGAGAGAUGUUAAAAAUGUUGCUCCUAUGUACU